AUGCAAGAGCUUGCAAAAGUAAUUUUUUCAUACACUGCUUACCCAACCAAUGAGCAGAUCCUCUCAGUAGCUGAAGCCUUGGUUUCUAAGUUUCCGUGUCUUAGGGAGCCAGGUUCAUUUGCGGGAUUAUAUGGCUGGCAGCAGCGCAUAAAAAACAAGAUGCACAAUUACCGUGCCAAGCUAAGAUCUCGAAAAUAUUCUUACCCGGAAAUUGAAAUCAACACCUUAAAAAGGAAGCAUCCCGCUGAUGUAGGGCCUUUAAAAAAUAUAAAAAAGGCCAAAAAAGCAGAGGUUAAUUACCUCCCUCCACACCCUACUGGUGAAAGCCAAGAGACACUGGAGAAAGAGAGACUUGAAUUAAUUUGUGAAAUUACAAAGAAAAACAAUGCAAAGAUAAUUGCAGAUAAAAUGAAUAAAACCUUCUCUAGCCGAAGAAUUGAAGUGGUCAGCCUCAGCCCCUCUGUUGAUGUGUUUAAAGAAAGGUGGCCAGCAUUAUUCACUGAGGCUCAGAUCAAGGAGGAGUUCAGACGCAUCACAACGGUUUCCUUGGAGGAGACAUUCCUGCGGAAGCUUGAUGAGUACACACCUGGUCUUUUGCGGCUAAUGCGUGCCAAAGGAGGAGCAGCUGGUUGCAAGAUGCGUCCUCUGCUGGACAGUUUAAAUACACAGAACAUUGAGGAAAAAAGAGAUGCUGUUGUCUGCUGCCUCAUUAACUACCUCGGUGAAAGACAAGAAGAUCUUUUCCAUGAAUGGCAGGAAUGUGAGGAGUACACAGACAAAACAAUGAAGGUGAUUGUGAAGCACAAUGUCAUGGCUGAGGAGGACGAUUUGUCUAUUGUGAUCGAGGGAAACCAAGUGAUGGAAGGAUGUGGAAGCCGAACAAAGGCAUGCAUACUGCUGAUGGGACUCAUAUAUGCAAUCAACAUUGAAUAUCCAAAGGAGCUGAAGAACACAUUUGAAGCUUUUCAAAAACUUUUUUUGGAAAUUGAUGGGGCAAAACUUCUGAAGAAAGUCCACAGCCUCAAAAAUAAGCUUAUGCAGUAGACAUUUCUCUCCUUGUUUAAAGGGGAUUCUUUGUUUGGACAUACCUUGAUGGAGUUGUAAUGGACCGUUUUUAUAUUUUUCUUCUCUUCCCUCAUUUGCUCCACAUACAGACACAGACCCAUCCACUGUUUCUCAGCCCUCUCCAUUGCUCUGUGUUUUCCCCCAUAUUGACAGAAAAGGAAUACUAAUAGAUAGUGGCCUGAACAAUUUUGAUCUCACCUACCCUCUUCCCCAUUUGUUUGCUUAUUUCAUUCUGAUCCUAUCUGCGAGAGUGAGAGUAAGGACAAAAAAAAAA